UAUUUAGGUAUAAAAUGAAUAAAAUAAGGUUUGUAAUCAUUGACUUUGAAUUUGAAUGUGGUUUUGCUGGGGAAUGUUACUUAUAACUUGCCAAAAUAUAUUUAUGGAGAGAAUUAAGGUAUCAGUAUCUUCGGGUGCUUUCUUUAACGAGAUACAAGAGGCAAUGAUGUAUGAUAAAAGUAUUCCAUUAACUUAUACUCAGAUUAUUUUAGAAAAAGAAAAAACAAACGUGGGUGAGUCAUUAGCUGUAGAAGGCUAUUGUAAAAACAAAGAUACUAAUUAUUGCAAUAUUAUUAACCAAUCUUUAGUUAUACUAAAAAAUAUUAACAAAAAUAUGUGGGAAAAUCAAUUGGAUCUUAAUGAUUUUAAUUUCAAUAAAAGAUCAAAAAGGGGCAUUCAAUUUUUGGGUAACGGGUUUCAUUUUUGUUGUAAUGUUGCUACCGAAAAACAACUAAAAAACUUUUAUUCUAAUGAACAAAUUUUAAAAGAUCAAUUUAAUAAAUUAAAAGAUGUUUUUACUUCUGACCACAAAGACCUUAAUGAUAUCACUUCACAACUUAAUAAUUAUACUUCUAAUACCAACAUUAAGAUCGAAUUAUUAAAAACGGCGUUUCAAAAAAUUAAUGAUGAAAAUAGAAAUAAUGCAAGGUUGGAAGACAAUAACUUAAAUAAUUCAAUUCAGGGCAUACAAGAAAUACUUUUUACUAUAAUGUCUGUUUUUUCUAAAUUAAUUGAUUAUGAAAGAAUGUCUAAUGCACAUUUACAUUGUAAAAAUAACAAAAUUCCACCAAGAGUAUUAUCUACUGAUAUACUUUACAAAGAUUUAUUGAAAUUACAGAAAACAAUAAAUAAAGACGGUUAUGAAUUAGUUAUUCCAAUAAAAAAUUUACAUUCUUAUUACAAUUUACCUAUUGCUGAAUGUCAGUUUUCGGAAACCCAAAUAUUACUAAAAAUAAAAAUUCCCAUCAAAGAAAGUAAUUCAAUGUGGAAACUUUUUCAAUAUAUACCCGCUCAUUUCAAAUUCCAUGAUUCCAUUUGUCUAAUCUUUUCAGAAAAAACUUACAUUGCAGUUAAUGAGUUUAACGAUGAACAUAGAGUUGUUUCUGGUGUCGGGUUACAACAUUGCGAUCCUCCGGUUACUGAUUUAUGCUUUAUUCCAAAAUUUUCCGCUGACGUAACACUCUCACCAAGAUGUGUGGAGGCGAUUUACAAAAAUUUACCAUUAGAACAAAUCAAUCAAGUCUGUUAUUUUCAAUGUAUUAAACACAUAGAAAAUGACUAUAUUAUUAUCAAACAAAUAGGAGUAAAUAGUUUUGUUAUAACUAAUCCCCAACCUAAUCUGAAAGUCAGAACUUUUAAUGACCACAAUUAUACUGAAACAGAAUUAGAUAUAAACUAUGAUUACCCGGAUUUAAUUAAGAUAACAUUGUCUUGUGAACAAGAAUUAAUAAGAAAUAAUAAUAUUUUAAUCCCUAAAAUGUACCCUUGUGAAAAAAUUAACAAAAAUACUCUAAAAAUAUUAAGAAUAUUGCCUAUUUCUUGGACCAAUAUUAAAUCACUAAAAAUUAAACAUGAUGACCCGGAAGCAAUAGAAAAAUUUUAUUUUAACAAUAUUUCAGAAAUCCUUAAUAAAAAUUGGACCUCGGUGGUGCCAAACUUUCAUAUAACCAAACAAAUUAACUCUGAUGAAUAUUUUAAAGAUAUUAUGUUAAAAUCUUUUUCUAUUCCACUUAUAGACAAUUUUUUAGGAGACAUUAUUUAUAUCUCUUGGCUGUCAUUAUUAACUUUGGUCAUGGCUUUCUCAAUUUACAAAAUUUAUCCAAUGUUUAUAAAAGUAGACGUCAUGGGUUUACCACCUCCAAUACCUCCUAAAUAUCAAACAUAAUUUCUUACUACUGUAAUAUUGUUAGUUUUUUUUUUUCUCUUUUGUCUUUUCCUUUCUCUUUUAAAUAUUUACAAUUCUAUUAAUACACUAAUUAACUAACCACAAAUUAAUAGU